GCUCAUGCAACAGAUCAAGAACCAAGCUCAGGAAGAUGCUGAUGCCGAAGAAAAGCGCGUGACAGAAUUGCUCGACAAGAAGCCUUCGACCGAACAGUGAUCGCAACGUGUGUGAAUCUCAGUUUUCAUUCAACAACGUCCAAUGGCAAACGUGGCUAGCUUCACGCCUACCGAUGAAUGCGUAAACACGAAGAGCUUGGAUACUUCACAUGGUACUCCAAGAUGUACUAUAUAUCAGAAAUACCAGAUCAGUCUCCAACAUCUUCUCACGUCCACCUCUUCCGUCGCUCCAUGAUCGUUGUCCAUCUAAGAAACUUCGCUUCACAACCUGAAGCCUCUCAGGUGCAUCCCAACUUCCUCCAAUAAGUCCCAGUCUUCGACGGGUACAGAAUUUUUCAAAGGGAAAAACGCUAUCAAUACUGGAAUUUCGUCUUGCGAUUGAUUAUUCGAGAGUUAUAUCUCGUGCAAAGUCUUUGCUUACCGGAUAUGUGUGGUUGUACCCUAUACGAUUCUCCAACAUGUGGCCACUCCUGGAUUUCCAUGAGUCAACCUUGCGGCUUUCUCUCCGAUCUCCUCAGCUGUCCAUAUCGCCAAACCUAUCAGACUUUGAUCGCACCGCCCUACACCUGUCCUAUGUGCAACGGCGGAUUUGCAGAUCGAGAGACAAUCGAAAUGGUGCAAGGACCUUGGGGUACUAACCAAAUGCUUCGAAACCAUGUUGGUGGCGGCUAUGCGAUUCCGGGUCAGUGGGGAAGUGCGCCAUUCAUGUCUGGUGGAUGGAGAGGUCCAGCAAUUACUUCAGGAACUACAUCUGGCGCUCUGAUGCCUAUACACCAUAGGAAUCAAGGCUUCACUUACGAUUACCGUCUUACUGGCCCUUAUAUGCCUCAAAACAUGAUGUCGCAUGCUCCGGUCAUCACGAGUGGACCGAUGAUGGGUAGUUCGGCAAUGGUUAUGAACGAACCGAUAAUACACGAUAAUGGGUUUGGCGGAUACGACGAUGGCUAUAUCAGCGAUUAUGGUGGAUACUAUGACGCUAGACGCAAGAAGAGGAGGCACAAGAGUCAUUACAAGUACAAGUAUACGGAUAAACCCGUAACCAACUGCACAGUUAUGUGAGCUGCUAGUGUGCUGGAGUCUGCGAGAUUAGCUGUGGAUUUCUGCCUCCACCAAAUAUAGUAGCUGACUCGUUGUUUAAUCAGAAGCAUAAGUCAGGAUGAGAGUGCCCUUGGAAUAGUCCGCCUAAGAGGUAGUCGAGGAUGCCAGAGUGAAGCAACCACUGUCCUGGUAGCGAAUCACCGGUACGCUUAGCUUUAGGGCAAGACCCUGCAUCCAGACCAGAAUGCCUUAGCCAACGGCUGGAGCACCCAAGAGCGCCCA